AUGAGUUCGAACACCUUUUCUGAGGAACACCUUGAACGAAGCAUUCAAAUGGAACAGUCCAUCCAAAACAACGAGUUCGAUCUUAAUCCAGAUUUGGAAUUGGAAUCAAACUAUGAUUUUUCUAGUGGUGAAUCGAAUGGAGGUGGAAUGGAACCCACUUGGGGUGAAGUUUGCCACGCUUGUUGCGUGAGAUCACCGAGUGAAUGGGCAUCUGUUCUGAUGGGUUGCGUUGUAGCAACCUUCUUUCUUUAUUUCUUCCUGUUCGGACUCGACCUCUUGGGAACUGGGGCCAAGGUUAUGGGUGGGUGUACGGCUGGUGCUCUGUUUGGGGACGACAUGAAUCCUGUGGCAGGACUAAUGGUGGGCAUUGUAGCCACUGUCUUGUUGCAAUCCUCUUCCACUACCACUUCUAUUGUGGUUUCUCUGGUUGGUGCUGAUACUGUAUCCGUGAGGCAAGGAAUCUAUAUGAUCAUGGGUGCCAAUAUUGGUACUUCUGUCACCAACACUAUCGUGGCCGUUGGACACAUGGGCGAUGGAGAUCAACUCGAGCUUGCGUUUGCUGGAGCCACGGUUCAUGACAUGUUCAACUUUUUGUCAGUCGCUGUUCUGAUGCCCAUUGAAGUCAUCAGUGGCUUUCUUUUCCAUUUUACCGAGAGAAUCAUAAGAGACUUCAGGUCACAAGACGGAGAAAAGUGGGAGGGUCCUGUCAAGCGAUUGGUGUCGCCACUUGCCAAACGAGUUAUUAUUGCCAACAGCGAUGUCACUGCCAACAUUGCCAAACGAAGAGCUACGUGCGGCACUUUUUACCCCAGCAAUGGUACACUGGCGUGCGAAGACUACAACGAUCCACUUUCAUGCAAACCAGGACUGAUCAAGUGUGAUACGAAGGGUGAUGUGCCUUACUGUCCUUCUUUUUUUGAUGCGGAGGCCACGGAAGCUGCGGACAAGACAGCCGGAGUUUGCGCCUUUAUCAUUGGCCUUAUCGUUCUAUUCAUUUGCUUAUUUGCCCUGAUCAAGAUUCUUCAAGCCAUGCUCAUAGGUGCCUCGACAAGACUGCUUUACAAGGCCACCAGUAUCAAUGGAUAUGUUUCGAUUCUGAUUGGAACUGGAAUUACGAUGUUGGUUCAAUCAUCCUCUAUCACAACAUCCGUACUUACGCCACUUGUUGGAGUGGGAGUUCUUCGACUGGAACAAAUGCUGCCGCUUACCUUGGGUGCCAACCUAGGAACCACCAUGACUGCCAUUCUGGCUGCUUUGCUCUCAAAGCCUACUGCCAUGCAAGUCGCACUGGCUCACUUGAUCUUUAACAUGGUUGGCAUUCUGAUUUGGUACCCACUUCCUGCUAUGAGAAGCGUUCCUCUUGGUGCAGCCAGGCGAUUGGGUAAAGCCACGCGCAUGUGGCGUGGGAUGCCCAUUCUUUAUCUGCUUGUUACCUUCCUUGUCCUCCCCAUUACCAUCUUGGGUAUUUCCUAUCUAUUCACAACCGGAAAUAGUGGAAUAACAGUAUUGGGAAGUCUUAUUGUUGUCAUUUUGCUCACUGCGUUGGGAUCGCUGAUCUUUUUCUGCAAGUUCCGUGGUGGAAGCGACAAAUUCAUCGAUUUCAUAGUGAAACGCGAAAAACGAAACGUGGCAUUGAACGAGCUUCAUGAUGACAUGGAACACUUGAAGUCUGAGGUCCGUCGUCUACAAGCGCACACUGCUAUGCGGAAUGAGCGAGAAGAGAGCCAGAAAAAGAACACACAAAAUGACGACAAGGUAGAAAGCUCGUCGACAAGUGGAACCGCAAGAGGCGAUCAAGAAGAAUCUCUGGAGGAGGGCUUGAAGCUGCCUGUCACGAGGGAUCUGGAGGAAGACGACUAG